AUGGCCAGUGCUGUGCAGCCAGUUGUUGAAGACCCUGGUGAGGAUCACGUGGUUUCUUCUUUGCCCAGGGUGGAAUGUUCAAGGGGAACAGUCUCUAUUGUGCAUUCAGAAAUUAUGAGAAUGGAUACGGUGGCAGUGGCUCGGGAGAAGGAGGCUGGAGGCAUGCUUAUGGGUGGAAACCAAAGAAAGAAAACAGCUAGUCAGGCUAAAAAGUCUGAUAAAAAUCAAUUCUCUAAGAAGAAGGCAGCAGGGUUGUGCGCUUUACGUCAACUGGUGAAGGAGCAUGCCCCGGAUGUGCUAUGCUUGGCUGAACCCAUGGUUCAGGUAUGUAAAUUUCCUGUUAUUUUCUUUAGUCGGCUGGGGUAUGCUAUGGAUUUCAUUCAUAAUAUUCGGGAUGAAAAAGUCCCAAAUUUAUGGAUUAUAUGGAAGUUGGGCGUUUCGAGACCAGUCGUUGCAGGUAUGUCUGAUCAACAUAUAUCAGUCAUCUUUGAUUGGCCAGGUAGUAAAGUGGGUAUCUCUUUUGUACAUGCAAGUUCUUUUAAAAUUAUGCGUAGGCAAUUGUGGUUAGAUUUGGAGUUGUCGAUAUCCGCUUUGGUUCCGUGGUCUGUGAUGGGGGAUUUCAAUGCAACCCUGCUCUCGCAUGAGAAAAGAGGUCCUGGUAAGUUUAAUCUUAGAUCAGCUGCUGAAUUCCAGGCAAUGGUUGAUGCGUGUGAAUUGCUUUCUAUCCCUUCUCAGGGAAAGAAAUUCACUUGGACUAACAAUCGUCGAAGGGGUCAUGUAGUUGCAGUGUUAGAUCGGAGUUUUUGUAAUGGGAAGUGGAUAGAUGUGUUUAGAAAUGUGAAGCAGCGUGUUUUGUUGUCUUCGGUAUCAGAUCAUGCCCCUCUAAUUGUUGUGUCUGAUGAUGUUCAAAGACCUACAAAUAUCCCCUUUAGAUUCCAUAGCUUUUGGAUGGAAAAUGAUCAAUUUAUCUCCGUGGUUGAGGAAGCUUGGAAAACUCCGAUAGGAGGUAAUCCAAUUUUCGUUCUGGCACAAAAAUUAAAGCAGGUCAAGGAGAAUUUAAAGGUUUGGGCGAGGGCUACCUUUCCUAACCUGAAUGACGAGGUCGAUAAAGCAAAGCUGGAAUUAAAGAAGGUUCAAGACAUGAUAGAGGUGGCUGGGAUGACUGAUGAAUUAUUUAACAGAGAGGCAGAUGCAAAAACAGUAUUAUUGAAGGCCAACCAAAUGUACGAGAAGUUGUGGGAUGAAAAAGCUAAACUGAGAUGGAUGAAAAAUGGAGAUUGUAACUCAAAAAUUUUUCAUCUUUCCGUGAAGCUUAGGAGGUUGAAAAAUCAGAUCACCUCCCUAAAAAAUGAAGAUGGAACUUGUCUUUCAGACCAACAGGGAAUAUUGUCUUAUGUCUCUGAUUUUUUUGAGAAAUUUCAUGAGGCUGAUGCAAUCACGGUUCAUAAUGACCUUCUUGAUAAUAUUCCCAGAGUGUUGGAGGAGGAGGACGUGGCAGGAUUGGAGAUUGUCCCGAGUGGGGACGAAAUAAAACAAGCUGUUUGGGAUUUAGAUCCUGUAAGCUCUCCAGGUCCUGAUGGGUUCCCAGGAGUUGCAAAAGCCAUAGUUUUCGACGUAACAAAGUACGGUGCAAAGGCCAACGGCAAGAUGGAUAUUAGUAAGGCUGUGAGCUCAGCUUGGAGUGCAUCAUGUGCAUCAGCUGUGCCAAGUACUGUUCUCAUGUCUAAGGGGACAUAUCUUUUGGGUCCUGUGGUCUUAUCAGGAUGUUGCAAGAGUUCUUCAAUUGGGUUUCAAGUUGAAGGGAUAGUACAGGCCCCCUCCAGUCUGGCCGCUUUCAAUGAAGAUUGGAUUGUUUUCAAGUUCUCAUUCUCUAUAGUCGAUAGAUUGAACUGUUCAACCAUGGUAAACUUGCCCAAUAAUGGUCUAUGA